UUAAACAUGGCAAUGGCUUAUUAGCUGGAAAACGGUGUUUUUUUGGUGUUCAAGUGCGUACUUAAGAUUGCAUGCAUGCGGCUGGUAAGUGGCGAUAACCUCUGCCCAGGGAGGUGCAGCCAACGGUUCGGGGCACCGGCUGCUGCAGGGAGGGGACUGAGUCCAGGGCCACUUCCCAUCGGGGGGAAGUGUGUGGCCAGAGGAGUUUAUAAAGUACGACACAUGUUUACACCUCAGCCACAAUCUGAUCAAUUCUCAUGAUAUCAACACUCCUGAGAGGAAACGUCUGGUCCACGAGGGUAGAGCCAUUGGCUUUGUUAGAGGGAGGAACGCGAGCUCUACACAAAGGCUCUGUGAAAUCCACCAGCUGCUCUGAAGUAACCCAGCAUUGAGUUAUUCAAUCAUUCAGAGUGCAGAGCCCUGAGAGGGAACUUGUCCUGCCUCUGGACUUGCAGAUGGACAUCGCUUGAACUUGGCUAGCCACUCAUCGUAAUCCACCAGUUUGUACCGAUUUCUUCUGACCCUCACCUUUGCCAUCAGCAGCCAUGUAUAGCAGUGGCUACUCGCAGGUCUUUAAGUCGAGCCCGCAGGCCCAAAAGAAGAUGGUGUACCGCUCCAAAGGCAAAAGCUGCGGCUACUACAUGCGUAUUGUCUUCUUCUUCUCCUCACUCAUCCAGUCCCUCAUCAUAGUCAGCCUUGUGCUCUUUCUGGUCUACGGUAAGAAGCAGGACUCGGCUUCCACUUCGCGCAUCCACGACCUGGAGGAGAGCUUCAGCCGACUGUCCUUAGAAAAUGUGGCUCUGAAGCAGCAGAGGAAGAACCUGACCAAUUUACUCAACACCACCCUGACCGAGAAAAGCCGGAACGACUGGGACCUGAAGAAUCUGCUCACCCUCUCCAACAUGUCACUGCUCAUUAUCACAGACACUAAGGCAAAACUGCAACAGUGCUCCCAGAAUAUGCUGCUUAAUCAUCCACAACAACAACAAAGAUUUUCCCCAUUCAAAACUCCAGAUAAUUGCAACUGUGACCUGAUGACGCAAACGCUGAAAACAAAGCUCGUGCUUGUGGAGUCCAACUUCACAGAAACAACCUCCGGGAUGAGGGCUCAGCUGGACAAGACCACCAAAGAGAGGGACACCAUUGACUUGGAAGUCAUCCGUCUGCGGAGGGAGAUAAACAUACACGAAAAGGAGGUGGAGUUACUUAGACAGAAAUGCAAGGAGGACUUUUCGCAGUCCUUGAGUGGUAUCUCCGACGUCUCCAGGGCCUUCCUACAGAAGAUCGACUCCCUCUUCCCUUCACACAUCGCCUUCCAGCUCACCUGUCCAAAACAGAGGGAACACCUGGAGCAGAUCCGCACCAAUUGCUCCAGCUUGUCCAGUGAAGUGGAGACCAAGUUACAGCAUUACCUGGAUGUUACGGGGAGACAGAUAACAGUCAUCGUGGGUGAGAACAGCCGCUUGAAGGCAGAGAACUGGCGACUGUCUGAGGACUACCGCUCGUGCAGCAAUAAACGCGCAGACCUGAUCCAGCAGAACAGGAAGAACAUAGACAAGCUUCAGGAGAAACACGACGAGGACAAAGAGGCACUCCUGAAUGACAAGAUGAGGCUAAUAGGAGUAUUAGAGGUGGAGAAGAAUAACGUCAAGUAUCAUAGUAAAAAAAUGGAUGAGCUUACAGAGCAGAUCAAGAAGCUCAAUGUGUCCUGCGCAUCUAAGACAGGGUUUGGACUUCAAGGAGGCCCUGCUCAGUCCGGGGGGGGCGUGGGUGGAUCCAACUCUGGCUUAGCCAGCCCUUAUGGUGGGGGUCAACUUGGUAGGUCAGGGUCAGGUGGGUUGAGUCCAGGCUUUGGGUCAGCAUUAAACAAGCCACCAUCUACUGGGACGGGUUCUUCAAGCUCCUCCCUCUUGUCAACAGGCGUAGGUGGCUCUACUGGGUCCGAGAUCCCUAAGCAAGGAUCUACUGGGAUAAGUAGCUCUACUAGGUUCACACAUCAACAAAUCAACAAGCCAGUAUCUACUAGUCUGGGAUCUUCAAGCUCGUCAACAGGGUUGGGUAGCUCCGUUGGAUCCACGUUUAAUAAGCUAGGAUCAACUGGGACAGGUAGCUCCACCGGAUCAGUAUUGAAUAAACCAGCAUCAACUGGGGGAAUGAUCCCAUUCCCAGGGUCAUAUCCCCAAAGCUCAGGUGGGACAGGUUCAAAUAAGCCUGCACUGAGUGGGAAAGGUUUCACACCUGUAGGAUCAGCUUCGGGUUCAAGCUAUGGGUCAUUCCCCGGGUCGACAAAUAAAGGUGUGCCUACCAACUCUGGAACGUCUUGGUCUGCUCCGGGUAACUCCGGGCAAAGUCAGACAGGAAGUGGAACAGGGGCAGGAUCAUCAACUGGGAACAGUGUUGGACAGAGAAGCGUCAAUAUUGAUCAGCACCUUCGAGAUCUGCAACGAUUCAUCAACCCUACUGGCCCACAGGAUAAACAAGAUCUCUCCCGUAUGUUGGGUUAGUCCAUCUUGAAAAAAACACAACAUAAAAAAGAUGUAUCGUCUGUAUCAUUUAUCUUAAGCUUAAUGAAAGUUUUUAAAACAUUUUAAUAUAUAAAUGUAACAUUUUUGACAUUAGUUGUGACAGUGUAUUCAUCAACAUGCAUUUAAUACAGUGCUUUGAAUCAAUCACGCACUUUUGAAUGUCAAAUGUUUGUGUGUUAAUGAUUGUGUAUGAAUAAGCACAUCUUGUAUUUUUAGACUGUGAAUAUAGAAAUUGAAACGCUUUCUUUAAAUGUAAGUACAUUAAAUGAGCCUGCCUCCUCUAUACAAACAAAACUAAUUAAGAUAUAUUAUCCAAUGAAGAGCCGGAAGCAACUGUUUGUCCCCAUGUGCGUCACCUAUUGUGUUACAUAUUGUGUAAUUACCUACAAAAGGCCCUCUGGCCCCUCCUGUAAUGUUUUAGACGAGAUUUGCUGGCACCGGCUCUUAAUCCCUCGAGCGUGUUUAUGUUGACCGGCCAACCUGUCAGCCGUCCUGAGGCAGGGGGGAACUUUUUGGAACACUCUUGUAUACAUGCUUUUGUUAAAAACAAUGUGCCAUCACUUAACUGUGGAGAACACGGAUAUCCAUUUUCUAAAUAAAAUCCUAAUACAUCUCUUACAAAGAACACAGAACAGAGAAGAGCUCGUCUUUACCAUCUGUCAGCCAGACAGAUGACAGAUGGUAAAUGUAAACUUUUCUGGUUUUAUAAAAAAAGAGACAGAGAGGAAAAUUGAAAACUAUUCCUGGGUUGAUGGUGUGUAUAAAUAAAUAACCACUAUUUUAACAUUUGUGACGUAUGGAUUCAACUCCACCACAUAGCAGGGAAACAGAGCAUCAUGAGAACAGACAAACAUCCUGUUCUUUGCACUGUGGAAGGAUGGGAACGUUCUUUUAAUUCAAGAACCGAGAGUGUAUUGUGUUUGGCGCCAAUUAAUAAAAACAGCACUUAGACUUA